AUGCCGUCGUCGUCACCAACGCCAUCAGUCCAACCAGUUCCAGGUCAUCCAUUGCAUUGGGAGAAACAUCAUGGCUACCGUCAGACAAUGUACCAUGAUAAAGCCGGGAUUCGGAUUGCGGAAUCUCGUCGUCGCUCCGGGGUUGCCGGCAAGGUCGAGCCAUCAACGCAGCCUUAUGUCGACUUCGUCCUUUAUCCAGUGGAACACACCCAGUACUCUUCCAAAAAUUGCUCACAAGACGUCUCGUAUCAUGCCGCACCAAAAACAAGGGCAGCAGCAUCUUACUCGAGACCGCACGUGACUUCUGCCAAGCAUUCGUCCAUUAAUAGACCAGAGCCAGCGAUCAUCCAUGCGGCUACGGAGCAAAGCAGGACACUGUCUGGUGGAGAAACGACACCAUUUCAGCUCUCUGGAGAGCCGACACCUCCUCCAACACCCCGAGUUGCCCGUUUGUCGACACCAGAGCUUGCUGAACUCAUUGAAGCGCCCUUUUGCGAAUGCGGUGUCGAGAGGCAGAUUGUCAGGUGCUGUAAGACAUGCAGCAAGGAAGCUGAUCUUUGGUCUACGCAACGAUGA